CUUAAUUCAACUGGUCAAACGGAUCGUAAUAAGAGCUAGUGCGGUAUCAUUGCAAUAAACGAUCUAUUUUCUGUUCUUCAAGCGUUGGUGGGAUAGGCGAACCGACGAUGAAAGAAAUUAACUUAAUCGUCAUCGCCUUCUUGGCAUGCUGGACCGUGACAGCCGCUCAAAACAUCAUCAGCGAUAUCAUCUUUGACACGUUUAAAGAUAAAGACUGUCCAGCAAAAGACCCUUGCCCGCCGAUAUAUUUGCCUCAUGCAAAGGACUGUACUCGGUUCUACGAGUGCAAAAACGGUCGAAAAGUUUCACACACUUGUCCGAACGAUUUGUACUUUAGUGAAAAAUGGAAAGGCUGCGUUGCCCCUGAAAAAUCAGAAUGCGAUGAUCCUGUUCUACCGACAGAUUGCGAAGACGAUGAUGACCUUUUGCCGCACGAAUGUGAUUGCCAAAAAUUCUACGAGUGCUCGAAAGGCAAGAAGAUCCUGCGUGAGUGUAACUCAAAUGAACAUUUCAGCAACAAAACAUUAAGUUGCGUUAAUGGUCAGAAAUGUGAAGAUUCCGGAAAAGAAAAAGCGUGUAAGAACAAAGAAAUAUUGGAACACGAAUGCAAAUGCGAUAAGUAUUACGAGUGCAAACGUGGCAAGAAGAUUUUGAAAGAAUGUGAUAAAGGAAGGUACUUCGAUAAGGAAAAGAAGAAAUGCGUAAAAGGAAAAUGUCCUAGAGAAGAUUGCAAAAACGGCGCCUACAAAGAACACGAAUGUGAUUGCAACAAAUAUUACAAAUGUGAAAAGAAACAAUGGGUCUGGAAACAAUGCAGAAAGAAUAAACACUUCAAUUCUAGGGACAAUGAAUGUGACACUCCGGAACGAGCUCGUUGCGAAUCUAUUCCUGGUGGUUGCCCAAAAGACAAAGAUAAAGGUGACAUAUGGGAACACGAAUGUGACUGUAGACUAUAUUACAAAUGUAAUAAGAAAUACAAGAGGGAACUGGUUGAAUGUGAAUGGGGAAAAUACUUCGAUGAAAAUAAGGAAAAAUGCUCCAAAACAACAAAAGUGAAAUCAUGCAAAAAUCCGUGGGAUGAUUGGCUAGCUAAUCAAUCGACCUUAGAAAGUACACUGGAAGAAGAACUAGAAUUACCUAGCAAUUAUACAAAAACUUAAUUGCACGCUUGCUAAACAGCUAUGUUAUUAUAACUGUAGAAGUAGAUCACUUUUUUUGUUAAGAUAUUUUAAUAAAUAUAUUAAUACAAAAGAUUAUAUCUUUUAGAGAACUGUCUUUAAUUAUAUCAAAUCAAACCUUUAUUCUGUCACGUAUAUCUCUCGUUGCCAAUAAGUAUGUUUUAUUAUUUUCAAUAAUCAAAUAAAAUUAAUAUAAAAAGAAAGACGCAUUUUAUUUAAUGAUCUGUAGCAGAUUAAUUGUAACGACGUUGAUUACUGUAAGCAAUCGCAAUACUAGCAAAUAUACGUAUAUGUUGAA